UCUUUUUAACUUUCUCUUCACUUGAAACUGCGUUGCUUUGUUUUGUUUUGUUUUUUUGUUACCUGUUCGAGAUAAUUCUCGACAACAGAAGCCCACGUCGACCAACAGUGGGAUUUGAUUCACGCGGAGCGGGUUGGAUGGUGUUAGAGCGGGAAAGGUGCCGCGAAUUUAGGAUGUCUCGAGGCGAAUCACGCGUGACAAUACCAGGAUGCUUUACAAGCACAACAAGCACCUGAGUGGACGAUACAAGAAGUCUGCACAUCACUUUAUCUGGCUUCUCUGUCUUUGGGUUCAACUCCUGCCUCAAGUAAAUGGCUUCUUCAUGUCGGAUGCUAAGGCUGUCCUGCAAGCAUGUGAUGACCACUGGACUUUCCAAGGGCAGGGUCAAAUACCCGUGCUCUUUCAAACGACUGUAUGCGUGGACGUGAAGGUCCUUUCCCCAGGCGGGUGGACUGCUUUUAGCUAUGUCUCGGCCCGCGCAGCCCGCUACGAACUGGCCCUGCAAGGUGAUGAAAACAACCUGUACGCCUGGCUGUUGGGCGUACGCCACCAGUUCACUGUCCAGCUGACCGCUCGUCGCUGGCACCACAUAUGUCUACGGUGGGACGCCCCUAAGAAAAGCUUCAGCCUGACAAUAGGUGGGAGCUCAGAAGUAUAUCAGCGGACCGCCAUUGCCCGAGCAAUUCCCCCUUCUGGACGUAUUCUGCUGGGUUGCCAACCCAAUGAGGCCUCACCUAAGGCAACAAUGGCUACAGUGGAGCUCUAUCUUUUCCGCAUAUGGGACGAUGUAGGAGAGCACAGGAUAUGUGAGGAUGGGACUGUGAUUGGCUGGGACUCGCGAAAUUGGGGCUUCACACGAGCCCAGGCCAGAGUCCAAGAUUACACGCUUCAAUGUGGCCUAGGGCAUCUACGUAUGAAACGUGGAGUUGGAAAUACAUCCCCAUCCAUCACAUUCCAAAGUGAAGCCACUGGCCGAGAGCUUGCUUUAGCUUCUCAAAGUCCGCUCUACUCAGUUUUGACUUCAAUAUAUAGGCCUACCAGUGCACAGACAAACACAACCCAAGGACCUGGCCUCUCUGCUUCAACCUCUCAGGGCAGAAGCCCAUUGAAUCCUGCAGAUCUCGCUACAAUAUCUAUACCAAUACAAAUUCCUCUCACAUCAACUACUACAUCAAACACAGCUGUUACACCCGCCACUCAAGCUCCUAAUGGAUCAGCUCUUAAUAACACAACUUCAAUGUCAAAUACUGUUAGAUUAAACAGAUUGCCUUCAACACCGGCCUCACCUAUGUCUUACGUAACCGCUCAAACGACCCAGAGCACGUCAAUAUCUGCCCAGACACUUUCAAGCAAUCACAUUAGCCAUCCAGUCAGUGGCUUGUCUGAAACAACAGCCAAUCGCACGACAGCAAGCUCUCCCACUGAACCAACUGUCAUGACUCAAGGAACCAAUCAGACUGCAGUUCUACGACCAACGACGUCAAAUGCAUUAUUAACAGAGCCAUUGGUGGUACAGUGUAACUUUUCCCAAUACUGCGCUAAUGAAUCAUCAUACUACUGGAUGCUUGUGGAGGUACAUGGCUCUAAUAUGACUGAAGGAGAUAUUCAAAUUUGGUUUUCAGAUCGUUUUAACAUGAGCAUCUGCUCUGCUGGAGUUUCAACAACAGAAAUCAAUCCUACAUCAUGUCAAAAUGAGAUAGUCUUUGUGACUGCUGAGGUUAGAUGUAAAGAGAAGCAGAACAUCCAGUGGACAAACUGCACAGUGCUUUUACAGCUGAGCCAGCCAGUGAAUACAUGCAUCCUCCGCAAGUGGGUGGAAAACAAGACUAUCAACCAAUCAAUCCAGAUCCAGCUUCUGGGAGAUGUAGAAAGAGUGGGAAAAGGCCUUUGCCCAGAUAACCAUAUUACGCCCCCUGGAGAUGGUUUUGUGCACUGCACAUCUCCAAUGUCUUACGAUGGUUUCUGCAAGAACCAGGGACCUGUAAAUGUCACAUGCUCUUAUACGGAGAAUGGCUUUGUUCCUAAAGACUUGGUUUCUAAUCAAUCCUGCAGUGUUAAUAACCAACAACAUUGUGAGUGUCACGUCUCUAACAACAACGAGACAUAUUAUGCCGUUCGCCUAAAUAUUACAAGCCCAGAUGUUAAUUUCACCUACGUACAGAACAUGGUUGAAGAGUUGAGAACUCCCUGCAACAAACCCAUAAUGCAAGGGUCUCUGUGUAACUCUGAAGUAUCCAAGUUGUACCAGGGAAUACACUUGGAAUGUUUUGGAGAAGGAACAAGGCUCUACACAUGUAUGUUGACUCUGCAGCUGUCAAAACAGCUGGAUGUGUGUACUGUUAGUACUGCUAUUGCCGUUCUUAUGAAGGACAGUACCAACAUUAGAGUCGAUGGACCUCUAAGUAGAAUAGCCAUAUGUCGUUUGCCCACUGAUUCAGAAACCAUUCCUUUGAACUCAACAUUUACAUGGGUCGCUGUAAAUCUCAGUGCAAGCCAGAAUGAGGACAUCAAAAAUCAUUUGAGAUGUGCACAGGGUCAGACGUUUGCUGUUCUUUUAAAUGAGAGCUGUGGGAUCUCACCUUCUAUAUCCAACACAACUCAACUUGUCCCUCCUAGAACAAGCUCUAAGAGCAGUGUACUACAGACUGUAGCAUCAGUAACUACAGACUGGUCACUGAUCACCCAAACCCACCCUGCAGUCACACCAUCCAGAAAUAUCAUGAACACUUCUGAUACACCUGAAGUCCUAAUAUCUACUACAUCCAUCAAUAGUAAAGCCACUCAAACAAACACUAUUUCCCAUGAUACGAAAAGCCUGCCACUCAUUCCAACACUUGAUAAAACAACCCAAACAGUCAAUACAGCAGGUACACCAAACAAUAUAACAACCUCAUCGGUCAGUACAACAGAUACUACACUUGAUAUAACAACCUCACCGGUCAGUAGAACAGAUAUGACAGAAUAUAUUACAACGUUACAGGCCAGUACAACAGAUACAACACACAUAAUUACAACGUCACAGGCCAGUACAACAGAUACAACACACAUAAUUACAACCUCACCGGUCAGUACAACAGAUCCAUCACACAUAAUUAUAACCUCACCGAUCAGUACAACAGAUCCAUCACAAAUAAUAACAACCUCACCGGUCAGUACAACAGAUCCAUCACACAUAAUUAUAACCUCACCGGUCAGUACAACAGAUCCAUCACACAUAAUUACAACCUCACCGGUCAGUACAACAGAUCCAUCACACAUAAUUACAACCUCACCGGUCAGUACAACAGAACCAUCACACAUAAUUACAACCUCACCGGUCAGUACAACAGAACCAUCACACAUAAUUACAACCUCACCGGUCAGUACAACAGAACCAUCACACAUAAUUACAACCUCACCGGUCAGUACAACAGAUCCAUCACACAUAAUUACAACCUCACCGGUCAGUACAACAGAACCAUCACACAUAAUUACAACCUCACCGGUCAGUACAACAGAUCCAUCACACAUAAUUACAACCUCACCGGUCAGUACAACAGAUCCAUCACACAUAAUUACAACCUCACCGGUCAGUACAACAGAUCCAUCACACAUAAUUACAACCUCACCAGUCAGUACAACAGAUCCAUCACACAUAAUUACAACCUCACCGGUCAGUACAACAGAUCCAUCACACAUAAUUUCAACCUCACCGUACAACAGAUCCAUCACACAUAAUUACAACCUCACCAGUCAGUACAACAGAUCCAUCACACAUAAUUACAACCUCACCGGUCAGUACAACAGAUCCAUCACACAUAAUUACAACCUCACCGGUCAGUACAACAGACCCAUCACACAUAAUUACAACCUCACCGGUCAGUACAACAGAUCCAUCACACAUAAUUACAACCUCACCGGUCAGUACAACAGAUCCAUCACACAUAAUUACAACCUCACCGGUCAGUACAACAGACCCAUCACACAUAAUUACAACCUCACCGGUCAGUACAACAGACCAAUCACACAUAAUUACAACCUCACCGGUCAGUACAACAGAUCCAUCACACAUAGUUACAACCUCACCGAUCCAUCACAAAUAAUAACAACCUCACCGGUCAGUACAACAGAUCCAUCACACAUAAUUACAACCUCACCGGUCAGUACAACAGAUCCAUCACACAUAAUUACAACCUCACCGGUCAGUACAACAAUUCCAUCACACAUAAUUACAACCUCACCGGUCAGUACAACAGAUACAACACAAAAUAUAACAACCUCACCAGUCAGUACAACAGAUCCAUCACACAUAUUUACAACCUCACCGGUCAGUACAACAGAUACAACACAAAAUAUAACAACCUCACCGGUCAGUACAACAGAUCCAUCACACAUAAUUACAACCUCACCAGUCAGUACAACAGAUCCAUCACACAUAAUUACAACCUCACCAGUCAGUACAACAGAUACAACACACAUAAUUACAACCUCACCAGUCAGUACAACAGAUCCAUCACACAUAAUUACAACCUCACCGGUCAGUACAACAGAACCAUCACACAUAAUUACAACCUCACCGGUCAGUACAACAGAUCCAUCACAAAUAAUAACAACCUCACCGGUCAGUACAACAGAUCCAUCACACAUAAUUACAACCUCACCGGUCAGUACAACAGAUCCAUCACACAUAAUUACAACCUCACCGGUCAGUACAACAAUUCCAUCACACAUAAUUACAACCUCACCGGUCAGUACAACAGAUACAACACAAAAUAUAACAACCUCACCAGUCAGUACAACAGAUCCAUCACACAUAUUUACAACCUCACCGGUCAGUACAACAGAUACAACACAAAAUAUAACAACCUCACCGGUCAGUACAACAGAUCCAUCACACAUAAUUACAACCUCACCAGUCAGUACAACAGAUCCAUCACACAUAAUUACAACCUCACCAGUCAGUACAACAGAUACAACACACAUAAUUACAACCUCACCAGUCAGUACAACAGAUCCAUCACACAUAAUUACAACCUCACCGGUCAGUACAACAGAACCAUCACACAUAAUUACAACCUCACCGGUCAGUACAACAGAUCCAUCACAAAUAAUAACAACCUCACCGGUCAGUACAACAGAUCCAUCACACAUAAUUACAACCUCACCAGUCAGUACAACAGAUCCAUCACACAUAAUUAAAACCUCACCAGUCAGUACAACAGAUCCAUCACAAAUAAUAACAACCUCACCGGUCAGUAGAACAGACCCAUCACACAUAAUUACAACCUCACCAGUCAGUACAACAGAUCCAUCACACAUAAUUACAACCUCACCGGUCAGUACAACAGAUCCAUCACAAAUAAUAACAACCUCACCGGUCAGUACAACAGAUCCAUCACAAAUAAUAACAACCUCACCGGUCAGUACAACAGACCCAUCACACAUAAUUACAACCUCACCAGUCAGUACAACAGAUCAAUCACACAUAAUUACAACCUCACCGGUCAGUACAACAGAUCCAUCACACAUAAUUACAACCUCACCGGUCAGUAGAAAAGAUACAACACAAAAUAUAACAUCCUCACCACUCAAUAUUGCAGGUACACUACCCAAUAUUCCAACUUCCCUGGUCAGUACAACAGAUACAACACACAAUAUAACAACCUCACCGGUCAGUACAAAAUAUACAACACAAAAUAUAACAACCUCACCGGUCAGUACAACAGAUACAACACAAUAUAUAACAACUUCACCAGUCAAAACAACAGAAACCAUAACAGAAACCACAACCUCACCUGUCAGUACAUCAGAUACAACACAAUAUAUAACAACUUCACCGGUGAAAACAACAGAAUCGACAACAGAAACUACAACCCCACCUGUCAGUACAUCAGAUACAACACAAUAUAUAACAACUUCACCAGUCAAAACAACAGAAAUCACAACCCCACCUGUCAGUACAACAUAUACAACACACAAUCUAACAACCUCACCUGUCAGUACAUCAGAUACAACACAGAAAAUAACAACCUCAUCUGUCAGUACAACAUAUACAACACAAUAUAUAACAGCUUCACCAGUCAGUACAACAGAUACAACACAGAAAAUAACAACCUCACCUGUCAGUACAUCAGAUACAACACAAUAUAUAACAACUUCACCAGUCAAAACAACAGAAACCACAAUAGAAACUACAACAGAAACCACAACCUCACCUGUCAGUACAACAUAUACAACACACAAUAUAACAACUUCACCAGUCAGUACAGCUGAUUCAACACACAAUAUAGCAAACUCACCGGUCAGUACAACAGAGACAACACACAAUCUAACAACCUCACCAGUCAGUACAUCAGAGACAACAGACAAUAUAACAACCUCACCAGUCAGUACAUCAGAGACAACAGACAAUAUAACAACCUCACCAGUCAGUACAAUAGAUACAACACAGAAUAUAGCAACCUUACCAGUCAGUACAACAGAUACAACACACAAUAUAACUUCACUGUUACAAACAAUAGAUACAAAACACAAUCUAACAACCUCAACAAUCAAAACAACACUCAAUAUAGCAACCUCACCAGUCUAUAUAAAAGUCACACCACUCAAUAUAACAACGACACACAUUAAUACAACAGGUACAACACCUGUCACAAGUCUCAAUUCAACAAUCCCUCAUGUCAGUACAGCAGUCACAUCAUUUAAUACAACUGCAGUCACAACACUUGAUAAAACCAUAACAACUUUCAAUUCAUCCAUCACUCCAAUUAAUACAACAAGAAUGACACUUAUUACAACUGUCAUACCAUUCAACUCAACUGCACUAAAUUAUACAACAGCCACGACAACAGUCACUUCUGAAAAUGAGAGGCAAUCAUACACAAGUAGUUCUCAAUUCUCUGGUGCAGAGUUUACCAACACAACCUUUCCGCCAAAUACACCACUGAUUAACUUGACAAUACCAUCACAAACCACAUUACACUUAAAUCCAACAACAUCCCCAAUAAACACAACUCAACACAACGGCACAAUUACAGAAAUCUCAAAUAAUACAAUCCUAGCAAAUACAACAGAAUCACCAAUUAAGUCAUAUGAAUCAAACACAACUCAACCUCUUGACAACACAACUGAAUUCAAUACAACCGCCAUUCCAUAUGACAGAACACAACUUCUAAAUAAUUCUACAAUGGACACCACAGAUGCUGGAACGGAUACCACAACAUAUACACCACAUGUCAGUACUACAAUGAAUACACUUAAUUUCACUACUUUUAAUCCUGAUGUAACUUAUCCCAACAUUACAGAUCCCCUGUUCAAUACAACACAAUCAAAUACAACAGCCUUUCCAAUGAACACAACCUUGUUUAACACAACAUACAUUCCACUGAAUGUUACCAUCUUCAAUGGGACGGAUGUGACUCGUAGCAUCAACACAACAGAUAACUCCAAUAACACAUCAGAAUAUAACACAACAGCAAGCCCUGCAGUUAAUACAACACAAUCAAAUACAACAGCCUUUCCAAUGAACACAACCUUGUUUAACACAACAGAUAUUCCAGUGAAUGUUACCAACUUCAAUGGGACUGAUAUCAACCGUAGCAUCAACACAACCGAGACCACCAAUAACACAUCAGAAUAUAACACAACAGCAAGCCCUAUAUUUAAUACAACACAAUCAAAUACAACAGCCUUUCCAAUAAACACAACCUCGUUUAACACAACAGAUAUUCCAGUGAAUGUUACCAACUUCAAUGGGACGGAUGUCACUCGUAGCAUCAACACAACAGAUACCUCCAAUAACACAUCAGAAUUUAACACAACAGCAAGCCCUGCAGUUAAUACAACACAAUUUGACAUCACAAACACAACACAGAUAGAUACAACAACCUUUCCAACAACAGAAAAUAUUACCAGAGGGCCAACUGACUCCACUUCAGAGUCUGUCACAACAGUUAGUCUCCUUAACACAACACAGUCAAAUGGCACAGCAGAAAAAGCCUUGACUGAUAAUACAAUCAGUAAUGCAACUACAACAUUCAAUCCAAUUAGUAUUCUAAACAACCUAACAACAAAUACUACAUUUAUUACUACCAAUAACAGUGCAGUUUCCACAACUCCUCCGUUAGGCAUACUUCCAAGCUCUUCUCAGAACAGCUCCACUUCCACAACAACAGCUCUAAUUAUUCCUUCAACUAAUACAACUGAAGUCACCACAAGACCAGUUCCAGCUGUGGCCACAACACCCUCCAUUCCCAUGGCGGCCACUACAGAAGCAACAACUAAAAGCUCAGACUCAGUGGCUAGCGAUCUUCUGAAUAAAACACAGAAUGUGGCAUCUCUAAAUUCAACUGAGGUGAAUCAGUUGGUAAACCAGCUAGAGAAUCUUCUUUCUGCACCGAAUAUUAGUCUGGAUCUGGGCCAAACAGUGCUGUCCGUCAUCAAUAACUUUCUAAACAGCUCUGCAGAUACUCUUGGUGCCUCUUCUAAUCGAUUAAUCAAAGCUGUGGAUAAUUUGGCUUUAAAACUUGUGAUUCGGGAGCAGACUGAGAACAUUGUAUUUGAUUCACUCGCUUUGACUGUGACCAAAGCUGAUGGCACCAACUUUGGGGCAACGUCAUUCUCAAUCGUAGAUCCCUUGAACCCACAGGUCACUAAAGGAUUUCAAAGAAAAGUCAGAGCAGUAGAAAGUUCCUCCUCACUCGGCAAAAUAACACUCCCUGCAUCCCUGACAGAGAACCUCUCUUCAGAACAAAAGAAGAUAGCCUCCAGAGUCCAGUUCACCUUCUUUCAGAAAAGCACUUUUUUUCAGGAUAAAAACAUGACUCAACAGAUUCUGAACAGCCACAUUCUGGGCUCUAGUCUGGCUAACCUGUCAAUCAAAAACCUGAGGGAAGAUGUCGAGUUUACUCUGAGGAAUAAGCAACCCGUUGCGGGGAAUUAUACAGCUUCCUGUGUUUUCUGGGACUUUGACAAAAACGGGGGUUCAGGAGGCUGGAAUCCCGACGGCUGCUAUGUCAAGAACAGCAGUACCGAGAACGAAACCAUCUGUAGCUGCAAUCACCUGACCAGCUUUGCUGUGCUGCUGGACAUUAGCCGUCAAGGCCAAACUGACCGUCUACAGGCCCUCAUCCUUACCUAUAUCACUUUCAUCGGAUGUGGGGUGUCCGCCAUUUUUAUCUCAAUUACUCUACUCACUUACCUCGCGUUUGACAAAAUCCGCCGGGACAUUCCUUCGAAGAUCUUGGUUCAUUUGUGUUUCGCCCUGCUGUUCCUGAACCUGGUAUUCUUGUUGGACCCAUGGUUAGCUUUGUAUAGAAAUGCAGUAGGCCUGUGCGUUUCUACAGCAUUCUUUCUGCACUACUUCCUGUUGGUCUCCUUCACCUGGAUGGGACUGGAGGCUCUGCAUAUGUACUUGGCCAUCGUCAAAGUCUUCAACAACUACAUGACCAGAUACAUGCUGAAGUUUUCUCUGGUAGGAUGGGGACUCCCUUUGGUUGUUGUCAUUAUUGUGAUUGCGAUACCCAAAGGUUUCUAUGGCCUCAUUAGCGAUGGGAACAUUUCUGACGGAAAUACGGAGGAUUUUUGUUGGCUGAAGGAUGACAUAGCAUUCUACGUAGCCGUUGUGGCAUACUUCUGCAUCAUAUUUGUGUUGAACCUGGCCAUGUUUGUGGUGGUGAUGGUCCAUCUGAGACGAAUUAAGCGGCAAAACCCCCACAACAAUCAGUACCGCAGCAGCCUGCAGGACCUUCGUAGCAUCGCGGGACUCACUUUCCUGCUGGGGCUCACAUGGGGCUUCGCCUUCUUCGCCUGGGGACCAGUCAAGUUGGCCUUCCAGUACCUGUUUUGCAUCUUCAAUUCCCUGCAGGGAUUUUUUAUUUUUGUUUUCCACUGCGCUCUGAAGGAAAAUGUCCGUAAACAGUGGAGAAUGUACCUCUGCUGUGGCAGGUUACGAUUGGCUGAAAAUUCAGAGUGGAGUCGGACAGCAACACAGAUCAAAACCAAUAAGAAAAGUUCGAUUCUGACGGCACUUUCAUCUAAUUCAGGGACCAACAGUGCACCGCGAAGCUCAGUGAGCAGCAAUGAAUCUGUGCCAUCCCUUGGUAUCGGCUCACCAGUAGACGACAGUCAGAUCAUAUCAGGGGAAGAGAAUGAUGAUGUGGUCAUCAAUGAGAUCAACAGUCAACUCAGUACACGACUCAGAUCUGUGUAGUUUAUGGAAGAGGUUUAUAAACCCAAAUUGGAAAAUAGGUUCCAUGUCUGACAGCUGUUUCUAGCAGGCCUGAAAAAUAUAAUACCAAGAUGAGAAUCUAGAAAUGUCUUCUGUCAUAAGAAGUUUCUCUGAAUGAGUGUUACAUGCAGUAAAGAUAAAAAUAUCUCCAAGUGCGGAAACGUUAUAUUACGCCCCACUUUUACAGCGCCAAGGGUUUUAAAGUCCUAUAUAUUUUCAGAGACCAGUAUUAAACAACUCUUCUGCAAAAUAAUAAUAAUCAUUUGAGCUCAGAUUAUGCCAGUGCAUUAAAUAGUACUUAAAAAAAUGCUAGUUCUUUUCCUGAAAUUCAGUCUUAAAAUCUGUAUCAAUCUGUUAUAUGUGUUGAAGAAAGACUGAAAAUUUCACUGUGGGUCC